AUCCAAUACACACGCGCCCGUAGCUUGUGCAUUGUGCGACGCCAGCACAUGCAGCAGGUUAGGCAUUCAGCACAGCCAGGAUGCCGCAACAGCGGGCUCGCGGCCCAGUUAUGGCAAAGAACGCGCCGACCGGAGCUGUGACAGCGACAUCUGACACCAGUGACGGCUCCUCGUCGUCCGAUAGCUCCCAUUCAUCUGACAGCAGCUCUUCCUCGUCUUCAAAGGGCGAAGAGCCAAUAAAAACAACAGGUCAAGCCGUGAAUUCCCGCAAAGGACGUCAAAAUGCCCAGAUGACAUCUGAGGCGAAGGACCAAGCGCACGGACAGUCUUUUGACAUUUCGUCAAUCUCCGCUUCCGCAGCAUCCUCAUCUUCCUCCUCAUCGUCCUCUUCAUCGGAAUCGGGCUUGACAUCGACUAGCUCCCAGUCUGACACGUCCACAGCUGUGAAAGCUCCACAAGCACCAGCAAUUUCUCAACUAUCAAUUGCAAAUGUCAAGUGUAAACCGAAGGUACAUGCGGAUGCAACGCGUGCGCAGAAGGAGAAGCCGCCAACAAUAGCGACACCCAAAUCGGCUCCAGCACCAGUGCCUGGGGCUAAUGUGGGAGCAUCCUCCACAGGAAAAGGCAAACGCAAGCGUGUCGAUUGGGAGGACGAUCCCCAGUCUUUAGCACCUACGCCGGCGCAAAAGGGCAAUGCUCGCCCUGUGCAGCCGCAGUUGACGCAGGUGGAAAGCCCAACGGGGAAGUCUCGGAGGAAGCGGCAGAAGCGUAACGUUAACGUUGAAGGGGAUGCUGCGCCGCCAUCAACUUCGCUUGCGCAGGAGCGACAACAUGCCCUUCACCAAUGCAAACGUGGACGUGAGAGAAGGGAGCUCGAUCUGCCAAUCCUUGUGCAUUCAGCAUCGCGGCGCCAUUUGCACCUACGUGCUCCAUCGUGUUCUGCUACGAGUUCAUUACCUGCAUGUGAUGGAACAUUCCUCGCUGAUGAGUCAUGCCUUCGCGAGGCCGUCCACGGAGGCAUUGUCAACUUUUUUGUCGACACUUCUACUGUCUUUUCGAGGCCAACAGAAGGUGGGGUUCAAUAUCGAAAAUGUGCUGCGCGCAUCACGCGUGGAUGCUGAUCCAUUUUCAUUUUUGUCACGAUACUUUCCUCAGAUCUAACGGACUUAGCUGGUAUUAGCGCUAUCCUGUGUUACAAAAUGGGCCUUCCGCCUGGGGCAGAGCUGCGCCUCGCGUACAAGAACUUGGACAGCGUGCUGAUCCACAUCGAAGAUUGUAUGUUCAGCUGCUGUCUCGCACCCUUCCCAUCCACGUAUUCUC